GGGCUCUGAUUUUGUGGUUUCUGAUUUGAUGGGGUAAGGUGGGGGUGCGGGGCUGAAGAUGGUGAAGGGGCAGAAACGGGAGACGGAAAAGGUGGCUCAGUGUGCUGAUGGCUAGUGGUGGUUGAAAGAGGGGUCUGGAUCUAAACCUUCUUGGAGAGACACAGAAAUAGAGGCUAAACACAUACGACAGGAAUCCCUCAGACCAGAGUCUUGACAGAGUUUUAUAAUGGCCUGUGCUUGUGGGACUUCCCCCAUUUUGGGGACUGUUUAAAGAACAGGUCCAGUUGUAAAAUGGUGUUAAAGUUAAGGGAUUCAUUCUGUGGCCACUUUGCCGGGUCACCCAAGGCAUAUUGGGGUCCUUCUGUGUUGAAAGAGAAAAUCAGCUUAUUCUUUUUUAAACCGCCUCAUUUAAAUCGUCCCCAGUUGUUAAGAAUGCAACCCCGAGGAUAGUCUUUUAGGAUUCCCUGGGUGUUUUUCAUGUUUACAUAUAAAUUUGGGGCUAAAACUGGAGCUCCCAGGGGCCAGAUGGAGCUGAGGCCUUGCAUAACCACCAAGGGGGUCACAGAAUUUCCUCCCCAGAGUUCGUGACACAAAGGAGGAGUCCCCAGGAUGAAAGGAACCGGAGUGUAGAUGUAAGAAUCAAGGGAGUGGUAAAGGGAGGAGGGAUGGAAAAGACAGAGAGAGAGAGAUUGCCGUUUCAACCGGUCCCCAGCAGGUGUCCAUUUAGGCCCCAGUCUGCGCGCUUUCAGAAAGGGCCAGUGAAGGAGGGAGCACCCUGUCCACUGCCCACUGGGGUGAUUAAUCCUGGGAAACAACCAUUUGUACGUCUCUGUGGGAUUGUGAUCCACAGGUGGGACCUCUAUGCAUGCGUACAAUUUAUACAUCAUACGUAGGACUCUAACCCACAGGUAGGAUUUGCACCCACAGGUUUUCAUAGAAAUCUGCCUUGGCCCUUUCCUGAUGGGAUUUCUCUUGGCGGCAGGAAAAUAAAGGUGAGGAUAUUGUGAUGAUUGUACUUGCAAAAACUAUAGGAUAUGAGGGUUGAACCUCUAUCACUCUCAGAAAUCUCCUGUCCGGGAGAGCCUGCUGGACCAAGACCUGCACUGCUUGAGGCGAGCCUCUCCCACCUCUGUUUGUCAUCCAUCAAGGUGAGUCGUUGUUGGCCAGAGGGAGCAUGGUCUCACAAGCUGAGAGGAGUGGUGCUGUAGCUGCCCGAUGUCCACUCUGUUGGAACAAGAGGACAGAGAAAGGGGAAGUAGAGAGCUAUCAGGAGAGGGAAAGGGAAAACCAUGAGGGAAAAAGGACAAAGGGGAGGGGAAAGCGUUGCCUGCAUGGUGGUACUGAGACUCUCAGGGGCCAGGAAGGCAGACUUACCAAACGUGGUUAUGCUGAAACAAGAGGUUCAGGCGGCAGCUUGUCACCUACGGAGAAAGUGCGUUUGUUGGUUCCAGAGGUGCCUGGAUUCUCUCCCAGGGAGGGGGCAAACGGCCUCAUGGGUGUCCGGUGGAGUUGCCACCACGUACGUUACCGACCCAGAUUCUUGGGACUCUUCAGUGAACAGAAAUUGAUGAGGCCAGACGAGAAAUUCAGGCAAGGCUUUAUUGGGACUCAUGCUGCAGCACACGGGAGCAAAAAGAACAGGUUGCCUUGCUUGCUCCCUGAAGCGGGGCUGGGGGGUGAGUUGGUCCUUUAAAUGGGGUGAGGGUAGGGUCAGAUCCAUGGUUCAGGCGGUAGGGGUGGCUUAGGUGGUCUGCCCACCCUCUUGGUGGUGUCGUGGGCAGGAAUCGUGAGUAGUGCACUCCUUUUGCUCCCAGCAGUUCAGAAGUGGCAGUUGGGUUUUUGGUCUUUUUGUAUAUUGUUCAUAAUUUGCCCCAUUUGCAGGUGCAUAGUUAUUUUUAGUCCCUUAUGGUUUCUUUGUAUUCUUUUGCUCAGGAGAUGUUUGUCCAGGUGUAAGCACUGCACCAAAGGGUGCCAGGUCCCACCCUGUCUCACUAGUUCUUGCUGUGUGGCCUUGGACACCUCCUGGAAGUCUCAAAACCUAUUUAUUUUAAGGAUGCUGUGGUGAGGAUUAAAGGUGGUUUCCAUGUGACUGAGUGGAUUCUGUAGGGCCUUUGGGGAUACUGACAUGCAUAGUACACUUAACCCUUGAACACCACCAGCUUGAGCUGUACAGGAUCCACUUACAUGUGAUUUUUUUUAAUAAAUAGUACUACUGGAUCCCUGGUUUGUUGAAUCUGCAGAUACGGAACCAUGGUUACAGAGGGUGGGUGAACUGUAAAGUUGUAUGUGGAUUUUCCAUUGCACAGAGGGUUGGGAUCCCUAACCCCUAUAGUUAUUCAAGGGUCAACUGUAUAUUCCGGAUGAUAUAAUUUCUGGGCUAAAUGCUAUGAAAAAAAUAAAAUUGGGUGAUGUAGAAAAGAAUGUGAGCAGAAGGCCUCACCGAGGGGGUGACAUUUGAGCUAAAUGAAAAGGAGUCAGCCAUGGGAACAUCUAGUGAAGAACAUUCCAGGUGGGAACAGCCAGUGCAAAGGCCCUGAGGUGGGAACAAGCUUGAGUUUGAGGAAUAUCAAGAAGGAUACAGCAGAGUGAUGGAUUUCAGAUGUUUAAGUAGAGCCUAAUGUCUUGCUUUGGCCCAUUUGGGAAGGAGGGGCACAGGGGUUCAACAGCAGAGGGUGGGUCCUAAGCUGGACCACUCCCUCUCUAAGGGCAGGUGGUGCCAUGCAUCCUCACAUGAACUUGUGUGACCUGUACUCCCUUAUGGAGAGAGGAAGGAGGAUCAAAACUUUGCAUUGGCCUAAGUGCUUCAGACACGUGCUUAUAUUUUCAUUCUCAUGUGCACUGUGCCAGGUAGGAACCAUUGUUAUUCCUGCUUUACAGAUGAGAAAACUGAGGUCUGAAAGGGAGCAUUCCUUUACCCAAAGUUGUAAACUUAGUAAUAGAAGUAUCAACCUUCAACCUAUGUUCCUUCACUGACCAGCAUGGGUACCUGCAGGUAUUGGGGGUGUCUCUGUCCCCUUUGGGGACUCUCAGAGCCCUCAGGGCACUGGGCUCCAGUUGUCCAUCACUCCUAAUUCGUGAUGCCAGCAGAUCAGUGGUGGGUGCUUGUCCCACAUUUGCUAGAUGAACCCGCUGUGGGUAGGAGUCUUCAGGGGGUGGAGGGGUGGAGAUGCACAGGGCUCCCUUGCAUGGGCUUGCCAUGUGGGACAUCACUGGAGGUGAGCCUGAGGAGGCUUGUCUGGAUGAAGACACCAAGGCCCUGCAGACAUGAGUAGCAGGGUUCCCAGGGUACCGCACUACUGGAGGUGUGCUGUUGCCUGGGCUCCAUCACCAGGUAGAUCGUCUAGGCUGGUCCAUGUGGGUCACUCUGCUCCUUCCCAUGGCUGGGAGGUGCCCCCUCUAAAUAUAGCCCAGUGUGCUGAGCUCACGCCUAUUUUCAGCCCAGGUUGGGAGGCAGCCAGGCCUUCCCCAGGCUCUCAGAGGAGCCACUGCUGCGUCUAUCUGGUCCUGGUACUAGGCACUCUCAUCGACCCCCUGCCUGCCCAACACCCACCAUGCCGGAGGAGGCCCAAGAAGGUAGGAAAUGACUGUGAGGGAGGGUAAGGCCCCAAUGCUGUGACCCUGUGGACCAUGGAGAAACCUGGCCCCUUUCCUACUGACCUCACUUGAGUAGUCAUCAGUCACCGUGUCCUAGGUCAAGUAAAAGUACUGGCCCCCUAUGUGUGAAGGAAGGGCCUACCAUGCCCCGAAUGCCUCCUCACCUCAUACCUGUACCCCCUGCUAAGGACACCAGGGAGGGGUUGGGGGCAGGGGAGGGUCAACUACAGGCUGUGCCCAAGUGGGUGUGGGCUGGGCAGGCUGGCCAGUUAAGCUCUUCCUUCAGGGAGGGCACUGGGACUGGGGGCAGGCAGUGGUUUUGCAAAGCAUUUGGGCACAUGACCCAGGGACUGGGAUUGGAUAGGUUUCUUGCCUCCAUUGUGGGCCUGUGUGGCCCCAACUGGCUAAAGGUUGGGGUCUCUUGGCCUGGCCGGACUGACUUCUAGUUAAAGACUUUGGUGGCCACUUUCCUAAUUGACUCACAGCAUGCAAGAUGUAUGGAGGCUCAGAGGCGCCAGAGCAGGGACCUGGUAAGCUUUAGGUACAGUGCUGGCCAGGAUGCAGGACCAGCUGCACCAAGGCUCCAGCUUGGCCCAACUGGUCAACUCCCCCCAUCACAUUUUUGACAUUUUAUACUGAAUGGGAGGGGCCUGGCCCUGGGUGUGGGAGUGUUUGCUUCCUUUUGAGGGCUUUUUUUUUUUGAAUAUUUAUUUAUUUAUUUUUGGCUGCGUUGGCUCUUCGUUGCUGUGCGUGGGCUUUCUCUAGUUGCGGCGAGUGGGGGCUACUCUUCGUUGCGGAGCACGGGCUUCUCAUUGCGGUGGCUUCUCUUGUUGCGGAGCAUGGGCUGUAAGCGCCCGGGCUUCAGUAGUUGUGGCUCACAGGCUUUAGAGCGCAGGCUCAGUAGUUGUGGCGCAUGGGCUUAGCUGCUCCACGGCAUGUGGGAUCUUCCCGGACUAGGGUUCGAACUCGUGUCCCCUGCAUUGGCAAGCGGAUUCUUAACCACUGAGCCACCAGGGAAGUCCCCUUUUGAGGUUUUAAGGAUGGCACUUACUAUGUGUUCUUCCUGGAACAGAAAGAACUCAAGAUCAAUUUAAAAGUGUGGGAAAAACACAGCCAAGUGCACAGAAUUUAAUGCGAACCCCAAUCCACCACCACCCAGACAUAACGACAGACAGCACUGGUUUUUGUUUUACACAUUUUUGAGCAUGUCAAAGGUCAGUUUCAAGCAAAUCAUGAAGGUUAAGGUACUAUUCUGAAAGUGUUAGACCCAGAGAGCCCAAUCACCCUUGAGUCUACCAGGAGGUAUCCCGCCAAUGCCCCUGAAUUUGUUAUCUAGCUUCCAGCUAGGCAUCUGGAGAUCUUAAGGGGCCAAGAUUUUUUUUUUUUUUUUAAUUUGGCUGCAUCGGGUCUUAGUUGCGGCAUGCGGGAUAUAGUUCCCUGACCAGGGAUCGAACCCAGGCCCCCUGCAUUGGAAGUGCAGAGUCUUAGCCACUGGACCACCAGGGAAGUCCCAAAGGGGCCAAGAUUUUAAGGGGAGGGGUGGAAAGCACCACCAGAAGAAAAUAUAAUUUUUAGAAAUCACAAAAUAAAUACUUCACUGGGUCCAAAAAUAAGUAAUUAAAAUCACAAGAAUGGUACACAGCCCCAGUGACUAAAUGGGCAGAGGCUGUGAACUAGGAAGCCACACAGAUAUUGGUGAGGCUCCCCAAGCAAAGACCCCCAACAAAAUUGGUCAAGAAAGGCCUUUUCUCAUCUCCCAACUUAGCAAAUAUAUAUGUGCACACUUAUGUACAUAAAUUUUUUUCUAUGGAGAUGCCUGUUGGUGGCGAUAUUGUACUCUUUUGGAGGCUGUGGACAACUACUCCAGAGGACAAUGUGAUGAUAGGUUAAAAGAAAAAGUCCCUGCUGUUUGACCCAGUAAUUCUGCUUCUGGGAAUCCAUCCUUAAUAACUAUUGGGAAAUUGGGGGAAAGCCUUUAUACUCAAUGACGCGUGUCCUUUUCCAGGGGUUAUUAAUUUAGGAAGGGGAUUGGAAACAACCUAAAUGCCCAGGCAGCCUCGAAGAGAUACCUGAGGGGAGACCUCAAAGGCAAGUGGAACAGUUUGCUAACAAAGACGGGUCUCCGCUCAUGAUGUUGAGUGAGAACAGCAGGGUUCACAGCAGAAUCACACUUAGUAUGUAAAAGGAGGCAGAGCUGAGGCCAGGAGCAAAAGGCAAAAAGCUGGCUAGAAUAGGGCUGCUUCUGCUGGGGACCGGGAGAAGGCCCCAGGCACAGGGUCUGCAGGGAAAACUGAUAGCAGAAGCAGGAAUGAACUUCAUGGGCUGUGGGUUGAGUUCUCCAAGGCUGAUAAAUUCUCUAGAAACGAGCAAGCAGAGAGGAAUGCCUGAAAGUCCCUGAGGUGCUUGGAAGGAAACAAAUGUAAGUCAAGCAGCACCUUCUGCUACUGUGGGUGAAACAGGUGUACGCAGUUUUCACAUUGUCUUGCUUCCAAAUCACGGGUCACUCCUGAGUUGGUUUUAGGGGAUCAGGAGCCAAAUGCCCCUGCUACCUCUUCUGAGCCCCUGCUGCCGCUCGACGCCAUCUAGAAGGGAGGGCAUGACCUGCUGGCUGAAUCAGCCCCACGCUGCCCCUGCAGACACCGUGGCACCGACAAGGAGCAGGGCACCACUGGCUCCUAAUCAUGUGCAGGAGGUUCGCCUACACCGGGUGGAGUCCAUCAGCGAUCUACACAGUGGAGGUUCACUGUGGCCCUACCUGGCCGAGGAGGCGCAGCCAUGGGAUGAGCUGCUGGGCAUCCUGCGUCCACCGAUGUGCACCCAGACCGGCUGCAGCCCCGUGCACAGCCGCGGCAGCUUCCUGCUGCUGCUUGCACUGCUCGUGCUCACCUGCCUGGCGUUGGCUGUCCUGGCCGUCUACCUGAGUGUGCUGCAGAGCGAAUCCCUACGCGUUCUGGCACACACACUGCAAACGCAGGAGGAAAUGCUGCUCAAACUCCGGCUCGCCAGCCUCAGCCAGCUGCGGAGGCUCAACUCGAGUGAGGCCCGAGCACCCAGUUGAGAUGCCACUUGGACCUGGGGCCUGGGGGUAUGUGCAGGGGGGAAUAAAGUGGCCGCUGGUAGCUUGCCCCUCUCCCACUACUGCUCCACACUACUUCCUUAGUGAGGUUUUCGUAUAAGAGCCUGAUCUGACCCCGCAGCUGUCUGCCUUUCUUGCCUUCUCAAGCUAGGCCUAGCCAAGCCUUCUGGUGCCAGAGCCCCACUUGGUGUGGCCCAAGGUCAGAGGAAGCGACACCAGCCUCCUGGCUCCUCUUGGGGCCUGUCAGCACCCUCUGGUGUCCUCCAGAUAGCAGGUUCAGGAGUCUAAAAAUAGCUGCCUACCCUGGUCACCCAAACUCUGCUGGGCCUCCCAGUGGGGGUCCAGCCUCUGCUCUCGAAAGACAG